GUAAUCGAAUACGAUUGGUGUAUGAGAGGGCUGACAAGCCAAUCGAAUCAAGCCAUGUUAACAUGUUGCAACAAUAACACAACUUGUUUCCACAAGAGAUAAGACCUUCAGUUGUCGAUAUGGCAGCAGACAGUACCAGUGCCUCUGUGUACAUGUGCUUCCCCUGCUACCAGGAGUUUGACACUCUGGAGGAAGUGCUGGCCCACCAGCUGACCUGCAACACAGACACUGUGGGGGUUGAGGCCCCCACCACUGUAGCCGACCCUGUCCCUGUCCCCCUCCUACAGACUCAGCAGCAGGCAUAUAGCCAGGCCAUUGCUCCAUCGGCUUUCCCUCAGACCAAGCCCACCUCCACCUCUGUUUGGUCCACCACGGCCAGCCAGAGGAAGUCCUCUUCAGACCAGCCUAAGAUCCUGUACCAGUGUGGGGACUGUGAUGCCCUGUUUGACUCCCUGGUCCUCUGGCAGCAGCACCGUAAACAGGGUGAGUGUCUGCUGCCUAAGACCGACGCCGCUCAACAACAGUCGGGACCAGACAAGGAGGUUGGAUCAGAACCAGUCUCAGCGGAAGUGCAAGCUGAAGUGGAGGUAGACUUGGGUCCGGAUGAACCCAACUCACAGGAUCACCAGGAAGGAUUAGGUGGGAGAGGGAGGGGGAGAGGAAGGGGGAGAGGAAGAGGAGGCAGUCUGGAUAAUGUACAACAAAACCAACAGCAGAAUGUAGUGAAGAUGGAGCUACUAGUGCAGGAAGUGAAAGAGGAAGAUGGGAUGAGUGCCCCAGAUCACCCCCCAUACAGAGCAGAGAACCCCCCAGCCACACAGGAAGCUGCCCCAGACAGAGCAGAGAACCCCCGAGACUCACAGGACCACCCCCCAGACGGAGCAGAGAACCCCCGAGACACACAGGACCCGACCCCAGACGGGGAAGAGAACCCUCAAAACACACAGGACCCGACCCCAGACAGAGGGCAGAAGGCAGGACAGGAAGAGCCUGUAACAGAGGGCAUAGAGGAAUCCACCGAACCUAAAGGUUCUGAGAGCCAAUGUCAGGCAGCCGGGUCUUCUUCAGAGAUCCAGUCUACAGCAGACCCAGAACCCGGUCCCUCCCAGGCCCCCUCAGCCCAUAAUACUGAGGAGGAUCAGUCGUCCUACAGUCAGAGGAGGAAGGCAGCCAAAAAGCUCAAACCUCCUCCCAGCCUGCUGUGUGUGGACUGUGGCUACAGCUAUGGCAUGGUGUCUGAGCUGGUGGCCCAUCGCAAGACCCAGCACGGCUUGAAGGAGGCCCUGCAUCGGUGCACUGUGUGUGGGGAGAGCUUUCUCAACACUACCCUCUUCCUCUACCACCGCAAGCAGCACAAGGAGAAGGGCAAGGAGGAAGUCCCACAAAUCCAGACCCAAGAAAUGCAGGCGCAGGACUCCGAUGAUCAAGCUGACAAAACUGUGCAGGAGGAGGUUGUGGAAGAGAUGUUAGAGGAGUCUAUAGCGGAGAUAGGUGGGGUUGCUGAUUGCCUGGACAUUGGAACUGAGGAGCAGGCCCAGGAUGGAACCCCAUCUGCCUACACAUCUGCUCUGGUCCAGAUGACCAAGGCAGCCCAGGGCAAGAAGUUCCUGUGUGCCCAGUGUGGAGCCAGCUUCAGCAACGAACCGGAGCUUAGUGCCCACCGCAAGGACAAGCACGGCCUGGAUGAGCCCCUCCACCACUGCUCUCAGUGUGGCCAGAGCUUCAUGAACACCACCCAGUACCUUUACCACCGACGCCAGCACCGUGGGGAACUGGGGGGGCCAGGAGCAGUUGUAACACCCCCGGCAAGCCCCAGGGCUCCCAAGAGGACGCUGACCCCCACCGUCUCCUCCAGUGCUGUGUCAGCCGUACCAGCUAAAAGACCUGCUAUUAGAAUACUCAGCAUGAAUGAUCUCAAAGAGAACAAAGAAAAGGGUAAAGAUGUGAAUCUAAUGGUCCCUAAGAAAGAGCAAAUGGAGAGCGCUAUAACAGAGGGACAACCUGACACCAACCUCCCCCCUCCAGCCAAGCUGAUGCAGGACUGGUCCCGCACCCCUCUUCCCCACGUCUGCCCUCAUUGUGGCCAGACCUUCACACGCAGGGUGUUCCUCCGCGCUCACGUCUUCAGCCACACCGGAGAGAAACUCUUCACCUGCAAGGUGUGUCAGAAGUCAUUUGCUUCCUCUCCUAACCUGCUGCGCCACAGCCUGACCCACAUGGGCACCAAGCCUUUCCCCUGCUCUGUGUGUGGCAAGCGUUUCUCCCAGCAUGCCACCCUGAAAAGACAUGCUCUCAUCCACAGCCAGCCCAAAACCCGCUGCCGCAGGGCCCGAUGGCAGACACGGACAGCAGAGGGUGAGGAUGGAGAAGUCCAGCUGUUUUCCUGUCCCAACUGUACUGCCCGCUUCCAGACGGACCAACAGCUCCAGGAGCACAGACUCCUCCACACCAGCCAUCCGUUCCCCUGCUCUGUCUGUGGAGAGGCAUUCAAACGCAGGAAGGAGCUGGAUCUGCACUCCCUCGCACACCAAGACAAGGAGCCGGUGUCGUGCCCCCACUGUUCCUCACAGUUCCUGAACCAGUCCGUGUUGGACAUCCACCUGCAACGCUGUCCCAGGCCGGAGGAUGACAAGGCGUUGGGACGCGGCCGGGGACAGGGACGGGGCCGCUCUAUGGGACAGGUCGAGUGUGACAUGUGUGGUCAUUGCUGUAUGACCCAGGACGGUCUGGACCUCCACCGGCUCUCCCACACGGGUCAGACCCCCCUGCGCUGUCCCAUGUCCCCUUGCAGGCGCCGCUUUGCCUCCAGCUCAGCCCUGAGCGAACACAUCCUGGCCCACUGCCAGGGUACCCUGGGGAAGGGACGCGGCUCCAAGCGCUUCCACUGCCAGAUCUGUGGAAAGGACUUUGCCUACACCUCCACCUUCAAUGUCCACAUGAGGAUCCACACGGAUGAGAGGCCCUUUGAGUGUUCUACGUGUGGGAAGCGUUUCCGCCAGCUGCCCCACCUCCAGGACCACGAGCGCAUCCACAGCGGCCUGAGGCCGUUCUGCUGCUGGGUGUGUGGGAAGAGCUUCAGCGUGGCCGCCCGCCUCACAGAGCACGCCCGCAUCCACAGUGGAGAGAAGCCCUACCCCUGCCAUCGAUGCCCGUCUGCCUUCCGGUCCCGCUCCAACCUUGACAAGCACAUCCGUCUGCACAGCCAAGACGACAAGACCGGGGGUGCCACGGAUGCUGAGGCGGAAGGGGCGAGGGUGCUGUCGUCUCUGGUGGCGGGGGGCGAAGGAGAGUCAGCAGUGCAGGCCAUACUGCUGGUCCAGGCUGAUGGAGCCACCGAGGGGGUUAUGGUACCGGCGGUGCCAGUCUCUGAGCAGGCCUCUGGGGCUAUGUUUUCUGGGCAGGCUGGGACCUCCCAGCUGGUGUUCCUUGGUGGUCAGGCCAUCUCGGUCCCAUCCCUCUCAGCCAUCAUGGAGGGACACGAGAUCCCCUCUGUCACUGUGGUAGAUGGACAGGAGGUGUCACACACAAUCGAGUUCAUCCUGGAGGAGACCAUCUCAUAGAGGAGGGGACUAGAUAAAAGGGAGGGAGAAGGAGGGGGAAAGACAGGGGGGAUAAGGGCGUGGAAGAGGGAGGGGGUAGAGAAGCCUAGUAGACUGAAAGUAGGUAGCUUUUCAGACUAGUAACGAGUUCAAUCAAAACCCAUUGUAUAGUUUUUUUUAUUUUUUCCUCAGUCCCGGGUAUAUGUUCAGGAACCAAUGUUUGAUGGUCAGAACAUUGGUUCAUGAACUUGAUCUGUUUUGCUGCAUAUUCUUUGAUUUUAAGGCUAAAGAUUUGAGAGGUGCUACUGUGUUUGGAAUCAAAUAAUUGAUUGUGAAUGUUAAAAUAUUAUAUCGAAGCCAGUGAGGAAAACUAUAAUUGCAUGGCAGAAAGUGUUUACAGUGAAAAGCUGAUUGUAAAUGUGUUCCCAAAGUGUAUGUACAUACACCAUGUUUUAGAGUGCGUUCUAACAGAGGUGGUAUAACCCAGGAAACAUGUUAAAAGCAAUAAAUUCUGCUUUGUUUUAAAAUAAAAUGCUUUACCGGUUCCCUUCUCCUUCUCUCAGUGAAUAAGGAAGCGAAAACAGGGCCAUGUCAUCUCCCACAAUAAAUAGGAUGGCCUCCAUAGACCCUACAGUAAAUCUACAAUUCUCUUUGGCAUCAACAGUAAGGAUUCUGUCUGACACACAGGCAGUCAGUUAGUCAUUGAGGUGUCCUGUAAACAUGCAAGCAAAUGUGCGCAUGCACACGCACACAUGCUACUUGACCUUAAUAAUAGUGUGGGGAAGAUGUGACUGGGGACAAGAUCAUACCCAAGCAGAGCUCAGGCAGUAAUCAUUAUGAAAUAACCCUACAAGGCAUGUAAUUACGCUGGAUAUUAAUU